UGCACCGGCCCAGCGGCGGUGGCGAGGAUCUGCAGCGGAUUUGGGGUUUCCCUCCCCCUUCCCGGCGUCUGGCCUGGUCUUCCCUGCUCCGCGCUCCUCCUUCCCGGGAAGCGAAUGGCUGAUGCGCCGCGGACCUAAUGAAUGAUGCAACGGGCUUCGCGUCGGGAUUCGGUUGCAGGAGCUGAAUUUUGAAUGAAGGAGAAGAGCUGUUGAUCCCCCCCUCUCCCCUUCCCCGAAAGAAGUGUUGACUCGUUGGCUCGUUGUACUUUUAAUUAUUAUUUUAUUUAAAUCUACGACUUAAUUGUAUUCUUUAAAAAAAUAUAUCAGAUAUAUAUUUUAUGGUAACCACCCCCCCACCUAUAUGUCCAUGCGCGGAGUUGAAGACGCGGCAGUCAAGUGAGGGCAGCGGCGUGUUGGAUGUUCGGUUCGGCACCGGCGCUGCGCGACAGUGGCUGGAAUCACCAGCGGUUUGUUUUUUUAAAAAACCGCAGCUUUUAACACUUGGGCUCAAAGCAUCCCCGGAGGAGUCGCCCACCAGUCGGAGGACAGCCGGCGGGACCCCAAGCCACCAACCAUGUCCGGGGAAGUGCGCUUGCGGCAGCUGGAGCAGUUGAUCCUGGACGGGCCGGCGCGGACCAACGGGCAGUGCUUCAGCGUGGAGACCCUGCUGGACAUUCUCAUCUGCCUGUACGACGAAUGCAACAACUCUCCGCUGAGAAGGGAGAAGAACAUUCUGGAAUACCUAGAAUGGGCUAAACCAUUUACUUCUAAAGUGAAACAGAUGCGAUUACAUAGAGAAGACUUUGAAAUAUUAAAGGUGAUUGGUCGAGGAGCUUUUGGAGAGGUUGCUGUAGUGAAACUAAAAAAUGCAGAUAAGGUAUUUGCCAUGAAAAUACUGAAUAAAUGGGAAAUGCUGAAAAGAGCAGAGUAUCUAGUUAUGGAUUAUUAUGUUGGUGGGGAUUUGCUUACUCUGCUCAGCAAAUUUGAAGAUAGAUUGCCUGAAGACAUGGCUCGAUUUUACUUGGCUGAGAUGGUGAUAGCAAUUGAUUCCGUUCAUCAGCUGCAUUAUGUACACAGAGACAUCAAACCUGAUAAUAUAUUGAUGGAUAUGAAUGGACAUAUUCGGUUAGCAGAUUUUGGCUCUUGUCUGAAACUGAUGGAAGAUGGAACGGUUCAGUCCUCAGUGGCUGUUGGGACUCCAGAUUAUAUCUCUCCUGAAAUCCUGCAAGCCAUGGAAGAUGGAAAAGGCAGAUACGGGCCCGAGUGUGACUGGUGGUCGUUGGGAGUCUGUAUGUAUGAAAUGCUUUACGGAGAAACACCGUUUUAUGCAGAGUCUCUGGUGGAGACAUAUGGAAAAAUCAUGAAUCACAAAGAGAGGUUUCAGUUUCCGCCUCAGCUGACAGAUGUGUCUGAAAAUGCCAAGGAUCUUAUUCGCAGGCUCAUCUGUAGCAGAGAACAUCGACUUGGUCAAAACGGAAUAGAAGAUUUUAAGAAACACCCAUUUUUCAGUGGAAUUGAUUGGGAUAAUAUUCAAAACUGUGAAGCACCUUAUAUUCCAGAAGUCAGUAGCCCAACAGACACAUCGAACUUCGACGUGGAUGAUGACUGUUUAAAGAAUUCGGAAACGAUGCCCCCACCAACACAUACUGCGUUUUCUGGCCACCAUCUGCCAUUUGUUGGUUUUACCUAUACUAGUAGCUGUGUUCUUUCUGAUCGGAGCUGUUUAAGAGUGACAGCUGCUCCCACUUCUCUGGAUCUUGAUGCUAACGUUCAGAGGACUCUAGACAACAACUUAGCCACCGAAGCUUAUGAGAGAAGGAUUAAACGCCUUGAACAGGAAAAGCUUGAACUUAGUAGAAAGCUUCAAGAGUCAACACAGACUGUCCAAGCUCUGCAGUAUUCAACUGUUGAUGGUCCACUAACAGCAAGCAAAGAUUUAGAAAUAAAAAGUUUAAAAGAAGAAAUUGAAAAACUAAGGAAACAAGUAAGAGAAUCCAGUCAGUUGGAACAACAACUUGAAGAAGCUAAUUCAGUGAGGCGAGAACUAGACGAUGCUUUUAGACAAAUCAAGGCUAAUGAAAAACAAAUCAAAACAUUACAACAAGAAAGAGAAGAAUUAAAUAAGGAACUAGUCCAGGCUAGUGAGCGAUUAAAAAACCAAUCCAAAGAGCUGAAAGACGCACACUGUCAGAGGAAACUGGCCAUGCAGGAAUUCAUGGAGAUCAAUGAGCGGCUAACAGAAUUGCACACCCAGAAACAGAAACUUGCUCGCCAUGUCCGAGAUAAGGAAGAAGAGGUGGACCUGGUGAUGCAAAAAGUUGAAAGCUUAAGGCAAGAACUGCGCAGAACAGAAAGAGCCAAAAAAGAGCUGGAAGUUCAUACAGAAGCUGUAGCUGCCGAAGCGUCUAAAGACAGGAAGCUGCGUGAACAGAGCGAACACUAUUCUAAGCAGCUGGAAAACGAACUGGAGGGACUGAAGCAAAAACAAAUUAGUUACUCACCAGGAGUGUAUAGCAUAGAACAUCAGCAAGAGAUAACGAAACUAAAGACAGAUUUGGAAAAGAAAAGUAUAUUUUAUGAAGAAGAAUUAUCCAAAAGAGAAGGAAUACAUGCAAAUGAAAUUAAAAAUCUAAAGAAAGAAUUACAUGACUCAGAAGGCCAGCAACUUGCUCUGAACAAAGAAAUUAUGAUUUUGAAAGACAAAUUGGAAAAAAACAGGAGAGAAAGUCAAAGUGAAAGGGAAGAAUUUGAAAAUGAGUUCAAACAACAGUAUGAACGAGAAAAGGUGUUACUAACUGAAGAAAAUAAAAAACUGACAAGUGAACUUGAUAAGCUCACCACUCUGUAUGAGAACCUAAGUGUACGCAACCGGCAGCUAGAAGAAGAAGUAAAAGACCUAGCAGACAAGAAGGAAUCGGUGGCGCAUUGGGAAGCCCAAAUCACAGAGAUCAUUCAGUGGGUCAGUGAUGAGAAGGACGCACGAGGAUACCUUCAGGCCUUAGCUUCGAAAAUGACUGAGGAGUUGGAGGCAUUAAGAAACUCCAGCUUGGGCACACGAGCAACAGAUAUGCCCUGGAAAAUGCGUCGUUUUGCGAAACUGGAUAUGUCAGCUAGACUGGAGUUACAGUCAGCUCUGGACGCAGAAAUAAGAGCCAAACAAGCCAUCCAAGAAGAGCUAAAUAAAGUUAAAGCAUCUAACAUCAUAACAGAAUGUAAACUAAAAGAUUCAGAGAAGAAGAACUUGGAACUGCUAUCAGAAAUCGAGCAGCUGAUCAAGGACACCGAAGAGCUUAGAUCUGAAAAGGGUGUAGAGCACCGAGACUCACAGCACUCUUUCUUGGCAUUUUUGAAUACGCCUACCGAUGCUCUGGACCAAUUUGAAACUGUAGACAGUUCUCCACUUCCUGUUCACACACCGACCUUAAAGAAAAAGGCAUGCUCUGGUUCAACUGGCUUUCCGUCUAAGCGCAAGACUCAUCAGUUUUUUGUCAAAUCUUUUACUGCUCCCACCAAGUGUCACCAGUGCACCUCUUUGAUGGUGGGCCUGAUCCGACAGGGCUGCUCCUGUGAAGUGUGUGGAUUCUCGUGUCAUAUAACUUGCGUAAACAAAGCUCCCACCGCGUGUCCAGUUCCUCCUGAACAGACUAAAGGUCCCCUGGGGAUAGAUCCUCAGAAAGGGAUAGGAACAGCCUAUGAAGGCCAUGUCAGGAUCCCUAAGCCAGCUGGUGUGAAGAAAGGAUGGCAAAGAGCAUUGGCUGUAGUUUGUGACUUCAAACUCUUCCUGUACGAUGUUGCCGAGGGAAAGGCAUCGCAGCCCAGCGUUGUAGUCAGCCAAGUGAUUGACAUGAGGGAUGAAGAAUUUUCUGUGAGUUCAGUCUUGGCUUCUGAUGUUAUUCAUGCAAGUCGAAAAGAUAUACCCUGUAUAUUUAGAGUCACAAUGUCCCAGCUCUCAGCACCUAAUAACAAAUGCUCAAUCCUGAUGCUGGCAGAUAGUGAGAAUGAGAAGAGCAAGUGGGUGGGAGUGCUGAGUGAAUUACAGAAAAUUUUGAAGAAAAACAAAUUCAGAGACCGCUCCGUGUAUGUUCCCAAAGAGGCUUAUGACAGCACGCUGCCCCUCAUCAAAACGACCCAGGCCGCUGCAAUCAUAGAUCAUGAAAGGAUAGCUUUGGGAAAUGAAGAAGGUUUAUUUGUUGUGCAUGUCACCAAAGAUGAAAUUAUCCGAGUUGGUGACAAUAAGAAGAUUCAUCAGAUUGAACUCAUUCCAAAUGAUCAGCUCGUUGCUGUGAUCUCAGGACGAAACCGUCAUGUACGACUUUUUCCUAUGUCAGCUUUGGACGGACGAGAGACUGAGUUUUACAAGCUGGCGGAAACUAAAGGGUGUCAGACCAUAACUUCUGGGAAACUGCGUCAUGGCACUCUCACCUGCCUGUGUGUGGCGAUGAAAAGGCAGGUCCUCUGUUACGAACUAUUUCAGAGCAAGACCCGUCACAGAAAAUUUAAGGAAAUCCAAGUCCCGGGUAACGUCCAGUGGAUGGCAGUCUUCAGUGAGCACCUCUGUGUGGGAUUCCAGUCGGGAUUUCAGAGGUACCCCUUGAAUGGAGAAGGAACUCCGUGCAGUAUGCUCCAUUCCAAUGACCACACGCUGGCCUUUGUCACGCACCAGCCCCUGGACGCCAUCUGCGCCGUGGAGAUCUCCAGCAAAGAAUUCCUACUGUGUUUUAGCAGCAUCGGGCUCUACACCGACUGCCAGGGCCGCAGGUCGAGGCAGCAGGAGCUGACGUGGCCCGCUAACCCUUCCUCCUGUUGCUACAAUGCCCCCUACCUGUCCGUGUACAGUGAAAACGCGGUGGACGUCUUCGAUGUGAACUCCAUGGAGUGGAUUCAGACGCUCCCGCUCAAAAAGGUUCGACCCUUAAACAGUGAAGGAUCAUUAAAUCUUUUAGGCUUGGAGACGAUUAGAUUAAUUUAUUUCAAAAAUAAGAUGGCAGAAGGGGAUGAACUGGUAGUUCCUGAAACCACAGACAACAGUCGAAAACAAAUGGUUAGAAAUAUUAACAACAAGCGGCGUUACUCCUUCAGGGUCCCGGAAGAGGAAAGGAUGCAACAGAGGAGAGAGAUGCUACGAGAUCCUGAAAUGAGAAAUAAAUUAAUUUCUAACCCAACUAAUUUUAACCACAUAGCACACAUGGGUCCAGGAGAUGGAAUACAGAUCCUAAAAGACCUGCCCAUGAACCCUCGGCCUCAGGAAAGCCGGACCGUGUUCAGCGGCUCAGUCAGUAUUCCCUCCAUCACCAGGUCCUCCGCCCAGAACGGCAGCGCCCUGAAGAGAGAGUUCUCGGGCGGAAGCUACAGCGCCCAGCGCCAGCCUCUGCCGUCGCCCUCCGAGGGCUCCCUGUCGUCGGGAGGCAUGGACCAAGGCAGCGACGCCCCGGCCAGGGACUAUGACGGGGAGGACUCCGACUCCCCGAGGCAUUCCACGGCGUCCAACAGCUCCAACCUGAGCAGCCCGCCCAGCCCCGCGUCGCCGCGCAAGACCCAGAGCCUCUCCCUGGAGAGUACUGACCGCGGGGCCUGGGACCCGUGACCUGCUUGGCCCAGAGCAGACAGCUGCUUCUCUCUUAGG